ACACACUUCAGACUGAAUAUGUCUAUUAAAUAUUCGUGAACACAGUAUCAUCAUGAGCAUUUAUCGUUCAAUUAAUAACACUUUACUCCCGGUCAGUAUUAUCAUAUUGGGGUUUGUGUACAACCAGUCCAUGAUUAGCACCCGGGCUAUCAAUAGUACCGCCACUACACCCAUGGAUAAUACUGCGGCCAUUAUAAUCGCCGAUCUGGACAUCGACUCCGGCAAUGACACCACCGAUUGUAACACCACUGAUGUGUCGGCCACUGAGACCAACAUCACGGCAAUGGCUGUCAGUCCGGGUUUGGCGCCGCCUUUCCCAACAGACUGCCCGCCGGCGCCGCCGCUCAUCGGCAAAGCCCGUGCCGUACAGAUACGCGAGUGCGCCGACAAUUGCGACCGUCUGUGCCGUUAUAAGCGCUAUCUCUAUCAGUCGCGCCGCGACUUUCAUAAGCGUAUCAAUGGUUGCCGUAAGAGUUGUUCCCGCAAUCGAUGCCGACUUCACAGCAAAAGGCGUAUAACUAAGAGCGACGAGAAGAGCGCACAACACAUAACAAGUCUCUAA